AUGAAUCCUGCAGACGGUGCCGUCAUCUUCUGGAAGGAAAGGGUGAGGCGCGCCUCUCGUCACAUCGUCCACACUGAGUCUGACGACGAAGAACAGAAGCCAACAGUCUCUGUCGAUGGGUCUCAAGCAGGCGAUAACGACGACCAGGCGGUGCACGUCAACCCGAAGCCAGAGCUGGGACCUGAAAUUCCGUUUCCUAGUUACCUGAUGACAAUUUUGGAACAUUGGCACGAAGAGAAGGGGAACGAAUAUCCAAGGUGCAAAGUCAGUGGACGUCUGGGAUCGAUGGUCUGGAAAGUGUUUGAUCGGAAAGGCAAUGAGCUCGAGCUGACAUGGUACCUCGUCACUAAACCGCGCAAGUACUGUGUGCUCGUGCUACAUGAGGCGAAUGGCACAGCGAGAUUCGUCUAUUGUGAUCCGCCUCAUCGCACUGUCCAUGGCACAUACCUUAGGCCAUGGUCUGGCGUCGAUGAUAAAGAGGAACUAGAACACUGCGCAGUCCGAGUGUUUAGCAGCGACCUGGAGGAAAUCGAAUACUCUUCGGAAGCCUGGGAACAUUUAAAGGAGCUCCAGGAAUCCUCCGGCGAGGAUGUUAGCAGAUCUCCUUCGAUCACCCGUCGCAAGUCCCCAAAAGAUAAGACAGCCAGAAGAAAAUCAGUGGGGGCAAGUUGCUCAAAACGGUACUCUAUGAGAGGUCGCGCACAGGAGAGCGAAGAGCAUACGGAAGCGGACCCGUCAUCUUCAUCGGAAGCAGGUUCAUCAUCUGAAGAAGAGAAGUACGUGCCCUCGCCACCACACAAGCGGCACAAAACUACCGACACCAGCAAUACAAGCAACACCACUGAGUCUAUGAAGCCUAGCAAGGUUGUAUUUCGCCUCGGGUCCCAGAGAGUCAUCGGCCUGAACUGGGAUGUGAUUCGCGUCACCGACCAGCGCAAUUGUGUCUUCAGCGCCAACUAUAAAACCAUCACAUCAUGCUACAAGCAUGAAUCCCGCUGCUCCUCCAUGCCUUCCCUGCCCGACUCGCCUCCUCCGGUUCCCCCCCCCGUUCCCGUCGAGACCCAUCCGAACCGCACGGUUGGCGUGAAGCCUACCGCCGCGCAACGAGAUCUCCCGGAUCCCAACCGGCUGGCCCCUGAAGAUGCAUAUUACACCUCGUCCCUGCCUCGGGCUCGGCCGACCCAGACAGGGUACGAUGAUUCUCUCCGAGUGCUGAAUGGCAAUUCGGGCACUGCUGCCUCCGUGGCAGCCCUGCGACCGCCGCCCGCGGUCCCAGGAGUAGGGAGUCGCAAGGUGCGCGGGACCAGCAGACGGAGACGACGAAAGGGUGCAUGGAAGAAGCUGCUGUGGGUGAAACAAUCAUACCCGGACAACUACACUGAUACCGAGACGUUCCUUGACCACCUCCAGCGGAAUCCCCGAGUGCGGCCCUACGAUUUCUGGCCGCUAGUGGCCGACUCCACGGUCAUUGUACAACAUGUUAGCUCUGUGGCUAUAUUUGUGUGUUGCUUUGUCGGCAUUGUUCAGGGCCGCGUAAGCCCAGUCUCUGUGGUCUGCUGGGGAAGUGUCGGGACAGCGUUGGGAUGGAUCUUUUGGGACUCGUGGAUAUUGAGAGAGCAUGUGGAAAAUGCGCAUGUGGCGGAGCGGUCACUGGAGGGUGACGAUGGCUCCAGUUCUAGCUCCAUGACCAGCUCUGUCAAUCCGUCUGGCACUAGCUCGCGAGCCAAUGGCCAGAAGGAGAACCAAGUGCAUGGCCUGGGGUUGAACAUGGCGCAGGGCGAGUCAAGUGAACUGCUCCGGCGGCACAGCACGGGGUAUGUGAGUGAUGCCUACGGGGCACAGGAGCCCGCAUCGCCUACGCCUGGGCCUGCGAACGGGGCCCUGGGUGGCGGUUCUGGUUCUCAGGAGUCGGACUACUUGUCGAUGUUUUCUUCGCGGAAUCGGCAGCGGCUGUCCACUGUGAAAUCGGCGUUUUUGAUCUACUUCGCGCUGCUCGGGCUUAGCCCGAUCCUCAAGUCUCUUACCAAAUCUACGGCGAGUGACUCGAUCUGGGCCAUGAGUUGCUGGCUACUGAUCAUGAAUAUCUUCUCCUUUGACUAUGGAAGUGGGGAGGGCGCAGGCGCCACCAAGUUCCCGGCUUCUUUGUCCACUAAUGCAGCGGUGAUGGCCUCGACUGUGUUGGCGUCGCGCCUACCUUCUACCACACAUGUGUUCAGCCUGAUGCUGUUCUCAAUUGAGGUGUUUGGGCUCUUCCCCAUUUUUCGCCGGCAGCUGCGUCAUGUGUCAUGGACUGGGCAUGUACUGCUGACCUUGGCUCUGGUCGGGGUUGCUGGCGGCGCGGUAGGGAUCACCCUGCGUGGAGGAUGGAUGGCGGCGGUGGUUGGCUCGAUCCUGGGGAGCAUCCUAACGGCGCUGGCCAUGGGGGGAUGUAGCUGGUGGCUCAUCAGCUUACAGAAGUAUAAGAAUGUGGUGACAGGGCCAUGGGACCCUGCGCGGCCGAUCAUCCGGCGGCAUUGGGAUUAG